AUGCCUUACUUUUACCACUUGGUAUUCGAAUUGUAUCCGACGCCCGAUCCUGCAGAGGCAGUUGACCACCAGACAGACCGAGCUGACCCGUGGUUGCCCCAUCGCAGCACUGGCAUUUUCGACGACCUCCCCGGAAUCGAAACACCAUCUGGGAACCCCCGCGGCAACGAGCCGGUCACGCAUGCUGCUCCAUCUCCCGAGAGCGCGACAGACCGCAGCACGCCGCGUACUCUUGCCACCGUAUCUUCCGGGAGCCCAGCCAAGGCUGCGUCGCAAAGGCAGCGCCUGGAGAGAACAACCGGCCGUCGGCCGCCCGUCGAAAGCUCGGCACCGCGCCUCGUCCGGGACUGGCGAUUCGGCCGUGUGACCAUCGAGACCAUAGAUCCUGCGACGCCCCGUGGCGCGGGAGCCAUGCAGGGACAGUCGAGCCGAGCGGCGCCGUCUGCCGCCCCCAGCUUAGGACCUUCUUUUGGUGGCGCCGGGACGGCCACAAAGGCUGACUUUGUGCCGCUCAAAACCAAGGUGACAGAGGCCGGCUGGGGCGUGGUCCGCUUCUACCGAGACGGCGAAGAGUCCGCCGCCCUCGGGCUUGGUGGCGACGGUGCCGGGGAGGAGCUCGAGGUGGCCGAGACGGUGGACGACUGCACAACUCUGUGUAUACCUGCGGUUCCGGCCUACAUGUCUCCCAGCGAUUUCUUGGGAUUCGUGGGCGACGGAUGGAGAGACGAGGUCAGCCAUUGCCGCAUGGUGAUGACAUCUAGGAUGAAUAGGUAUUUGGUGCUGCUAAAGUUUCGAGAGGGCAAGGUGGCCAAGAAGUGGAAACGGGAAUUCGAUGGAAAAGUGUUCAACUCGAUGGAGCCGCAGCUGUGCCACGUUGUUUUUGUCAAGUCCAUCACGUUCGAGACUCCAUUGCGACUUGGCAGGCUUGAUCCCGCCGCAGCCGCCCCUUCAUCCUCUCUUGCCGUUGCGAGUAGUACUCGACCCUUUCCACCACCAACACCCAACCUGAUUGAGCUCCCGACAUGCCCUGUCUGCCUGGAGCGAAUGGACGACACCAACGGGCUCAUGACCAUCCCAUGCUCCCACGUCUUUCACUGCACCUGUCUUCAAAACUGGAAAGGCGCCGGGUGCCCCGUCUGCCGGUUCACCAACACGCCGGGGCUGGAGGGCACGCCGGACGACGCCAGAAAUCCGUGCUCGCAACCUUUCGGCUCCUCUGUAUCCAACCUCUGCAGCGUGUGCGACUGCACGGAUGACCUGUGGAUAUGCCUCGUAUGCGGCAACGUCGGGUGCGGCCGGUACAAGGGCGGCCACGCCAAGGACCACUGGAAAGAGACGGCGCACAGCUUCGCCCUCGAGCUGGAGACGCAGUACGUCUGGGAUUACGCCGGCGACGUGUGGGUGCACCGGCUCAUCCGCGACAAGGGCGACGGCAAGGUCGUCGAGCUGCCCGGGCGCAGCAACCACAGCGCCCGCGCCCGUGACGAGGACGUCGUGCCCAGAGCCAAGGUCGACAACAUCGGCCUGGAAUACACGCACCUCAUCACGAGCCAGCUCGAGUCGCAGAGGGUCUUUUACGAGGACAUGCUCAGCAAGGCCGUGGACAAGGCAGCACGAGCGUCCGCAGCGGCGGAGAGCGCGGCCGCCCAGUCGGCCGCGGCGGCGGACAAGCUGAAGCAGAUGGAGGACAAGUUCGCCGCCCUGACCACGGAUACCCUGCCCCAGCUGGAGCGGGACUUUGAGCGGGAGAGGGGCAGGGCCGCCAGGAGCGAGGCCAUGGCUCGCAACAUGAGCAAGUCGCUGCAGGAGGAGCGGCGCAUAAACGAAGGGCUGAUGAAGAGGAUCGAGCACCUGGGCGGCGAGAACGAAGCCUUGAGGAAGGAGUUCCAGGAGCUGAAGCGGGAGAACGACGAGCUGGGGGACAUGAACAGGGACCUGGGCAUGUUCAUCUCCGGGCAGGAGAAGCUGAAGCAGCUGGAGAGCGAGGGCAAGAUCGAGCAGGGGGAGCUGGAGGGGGGCAGCGCCAGCGUGGCGGAGAAGAAGCCGAGGCGGAGGGGGAAACGGUGA